AUGCAAGAGCAAGUUAACGAAGGCAUAAUUCAGAUGUGUCAUGGCGAAUGUUUUAUUGGAUAUGUAAUGCCGCAUAGAGAGGUUUUCAGGGAAACUUCUUCCAGCACAAAAACUAGGAUAGUAUAUGAUGCCAGCAGUAAGCAAGGUAAUAAUAUUAGUUUAAAUGAAUGCCUUCUUUCAGGAGAAAAUUUAAAUCCUAACCUUAUUGAUGUUAUAUUAAAAUUUAGAGAGCAUAAAAUUGGAUUUUGUGGAGAUAUUGCUCGGGCCUUUUUACAAAUAGAAGUUGCGGAAUUGGAUAGGAACUAUUUAUGUUUCUUGUAUUAUAAAAACUGUGAUAGAUCUCAACCAGUAACAAUGGAUCAUUUUAAUAGACAUUGUUUUGGUGUAACUUGCUCACCUUUCGUUUUGGCUGCAACUAUUAAAACACAUAUCAAAGAAUACAGGGAUAAAUAUCCCCUUGCAUAUGAAAUGUUAAAUGAAUCGUUAUAUGUUGACGAUCUCUUUUGUGGAAGUUCCACUGUACAAGAUGCGUUAAAAUUGUCUUCCGAUGCUGUAUCGAUCUUGAAAGAUGCGAAAAUGAACAUGAGAAAAUUCGACACUAAUUCUGAAGAAUUAAAAAAUUUGUGGCGUAACUCUGAUUCCAUGAUUGAAACUAAUGAAUAG